AUGGGGCGAAAGAAAAUCCAGAUCACGAGAAUAAUGGAUGAGCGGAACAGACAGGUCACCUUUACCAAGAGGAAGUUCGGAUUAAUGAAGAAGGCCUAUGAGCUGAGUGUACUCUGUGACUGUGAAAUAGCACUCAUCAUUUUUAACAGCUCUAACAAACUCUUUCAGUAUGCCAGCACUGACAUGGACAAAGUUCUCCUAAAGUACACAGAAUACAACGAGCCCCACGAAAGCAGAACCAACUCAGACAUUGUUGAG